UUGUAUACAUUAUAUUUAUCAAAUGGCCACAGUGAUCUUCGGCCUCUAUAAAUAGCACCUCUCUUUUCCAUCACCCAGCAUUCAAGUUCAAGUUUCACCACUCAAGUUAUUUACAAAUGUCCGGACUUGUCAAGCUUGGACUGUGGGGUGGAAAUGAGGGAACUCUUCAAGAUAUCGAUGGUCACCCUACACGCCUGACAAAAAUUGUAAUCCGUAGUGCUCAUGCAAUCGAUGCUCUCCAAUUUGAUUACGUCGAAGACGGGAAGACAUUUGCGGCUGGCCAAUGGGGCGGUAAUGGAGGAAAAUCCGACACGAUUGAAUUUCAACCCGGCGAGUAUCUGAUUGCGAUAAAGGGCACCACCGGUGCGUUAGGGGCCGUCACCAAUUUGGUGAGGUCGCUCACUUUCAUCUCCAACAUGCGCACUUACGGGCCAUUCGGACUUGAGCACGGAACUCCCUUCUCCGUUCCUGUUGCGAGUGGUCGGAUUGUUGCCUUCUACGGACGCUUUGGCUCACUUGUUGACGCGUUCGGGAUUUAUCUGAUGCCCUACUGAUGUUCCGUUCUCAUGCUCAUCAUCUUCCUCGAGGACUAGGGGUUUAAAUAUAUAUAUGUAAUAAAGUUGCCAAUAGUAUGGCCUCAUGUAUUAUUAUUAUCCUGCAUAACAUUUCAAUAAAUAAAAGUUGAUGAGCUACUUUGUUUAAUUAUGA